UACCCAGACUUGAACACCUUUGGUGGCAGUUCAGCUCUCUGGUCGCCUUGAGAGGUGGCUGCUAGGGAUGGGGUGCGUGGCUUAGGAAAGUAUUUGGAAUCCUCCCUAGAGAUUGGAAUGGAUUCCCAGACAGGUCCAGUUCCACCCUCUUCUGUCUUCACUGACCUGGGCCAAGCCGCCCCUCCCAGAUCGAUGUCACUGGCAGUGACAUUCUGGGCAUUUGAAUCUUGGCCUAAUUAAACAUUUGUCCAUGCACACAUCCAUGCGCAAGAGAAGGUGAGUUUACUUCUCUCACCCCCCAAACUAUUAGUAUGCAAUGCCCUUCCCAGUGUCACAGCUGAAUGCUUUUGAGGUUGUGGGCAGGGCCUGGCUAAGUGCCCCCCUCGAGGGGGGGAGCCGCUGACACCCAAAGGUCCCCAGGCAACAUGAUAAUACCCCUUAUUAACCUUCAUUGAUCCGGGCCUCUUUAAUGCUUUACUCUUUGUUCAGCUGGCGGGAGUGACUUUGGCAGACACAUGAAAGCCCCUGCUGGUGAGCCAAGCUCUGUCAUUGGAUAGAAUCAGUGAGCAGACCCUGAGCUGAUGGGACUCAGGGAUAAGAAGACAAGUCUGUCUGGCUGUGUGCCUGCUUGCUGUCUUCCUCAGAGAGGGAGGGAGACAGGAGCAAAGGUCAGAGAGAGUGGCCUCUGGGAAGGCUUGACCAGCCUAGUGGCCAUUGCACUGGGCUUCAGCACUGACCAAAGGCAUUUCUUACACGGAGGCCUCUGGACCCCUGUAUGAAUGGAUGAUUAUUGAGACAAGGUUUAAAUGCAUUGACCCCAGGAAUCUAAAGUAUAGCCACUUUGAUAUAGAGCAGUGUUUCUCAAACUGUGGGUGCAACCCUUUGGGGGGAAUCAAACGAUGAUUUCACAGGGGUCGCCUAAGACCAUCAGAAAAUACAGAUACGUCCAUUAUAAUUUAUAACAGCAAAAUUACAGUUAUGAAGUAGCAAAGGAAGUAAUUUUUAUGGUCUGGGGUCACCACAACAUGAGGAACGAUAUUAAAAGUUUGCAGCAUUAAGGAAGGUUGAGAACCCCUGGUACAGUGGUGUUAACAGGGACAGCCUAUGGCUGUCCUAUCAGGUCACAGAGAGGCCAGAGGUACAGGUUACCUCUGGUGGGGGCUGCUGAGGUACAUUGCCCAGGGCUGUGACAGGCACAGGCCCUUGGGGCACCUGAGCGUUGGCUAGAUUUGGCAGAGGAGGUGGUAGGAUCUGCCAGUAGUGUGUAAGUUCACUCUCAAGCCAGGCUCAGCAAGCGGGUGGGGUUUGCUGGGAGUCAGGGUUAGAGUUAGAUCAGGCCAGGCUGGGAUAUGUCUGUCUUUGUGGAGUUCAGGAUUUGUACUGCUUGGUGCUAGAAGAGGUGGUCGUGGUACCAGGAUAGAGUGGAUUGGCCAGAGAGCGCUGGGCUGGAGAGUGAGGGCAGACGAAACACGAAUACACCAUGCACCCAUGGUGCAAUCUGGGAAUUCUGGGCUUAGAGGCUCCCGUGGAGACUAGCCAGCCACUUAAGCAGCCUUUUAUGAGAUCACAUCAUAGAGAGCCUCAUGGACCUUGUGCGGAAAGCCAGGAGCCGCAGCAUUGGCUCCCUCCAUCCCUCCUUCAACAUUAACAAGUGCAUCCGAGAUGGGCUCCGGGAAAGCCUCCCGGACAAUGUCCACCAGAUCAUUUCCGGCAGGGCUUGCAUCUCGCUCACAAGGGUUUCAGAUGGGGAGAAUGUUCUUGUGUCUGAUUUCCAUUCCAAAGAUGAAGUUGUGGAUGCCCUGCUGUGCUCCUGUUUCAUCCCUUUCUUCUCUGGUCUAAUCCCUCCUUCCUUCCGAGGAGAGCGGUACGUGGAUGGAGGCGUGAGUGACAAUGUCCCCCUGUUGGAUGCCAAAACCACCAUCACGGUGUCCCCUUUCUAUGGCGAGCAUGACAUCUGCCCCAAAGUCAAGUCCACCAACUUCUUCCAGGUGAAUGUCACCAACCUCAGUCUCCGCCUCUGUGCCAGGAACCUCCACCUGCUGACCAGAGCACUCUUCCCACCUGAUCUCAAGGUGACGGGAGAGCUGUGCUUUCAAGGCUACCUGGAUGCCUUCCGGUUCCUGGCUGAGAACGGCAUCUGUAAUGGGCCACAGCCCAGCCUGAGUCUGUCCUCAGAGGAGAUGGAGCCAGAAGCCACGCCUCUCUGCCUGGAAAACAGCAACCUUGUGGGGGACCAGCUGCCAGUCAGCCUGUGCCUUACAGCUGUGCCCUGGGAUGACAGCAUCAAGGAGACCCUGUCCCCCAAGCUCAGCACAGCUGUGAGCGAAGCGAUUAAGGACAGGGACGGCUAUCUGAGCAAAGCCUGCAACCUCCUGCCCAUCAGGAUCCUGUCGUACCUCAUGCUGCCCUGCACUCUGCCCGUGGAGUUGGCCAUCGCUGUGGUCCACAGGUUGGUGAUAUGGCUCCCUGACAUCCCUGAUGAUAUCCACUGGCUACAGUGGGCAACAUCCCAGGUGUAUGCCCGCAUGACGACAUGUCUGCUCCCCUCCACAAGAUCCCAGGCACUCAAGAGUGAGCACCAAACAUGCAAGCGUGGACAUCACCCAUUGCUACACAAGUCCCAGUGAGGCUCUGCUUGUUUGUAAAUUGCUGGCCUCCUGGCUUCCUAUGAACUUGGACAUUCUCCCUGUGGGAGGGUCCUGGAGGGGCCGAAGCUGAGCCACCCUGCCUUCCACCCCAAGCCCAGCCUGACCUUCAGCUGAAGCACAACAUCUGGAUGGUGGGUGGUGGUGGUGGGGGGGAGGACUAUAUUCUGUUUUGCAGUGGGAAGGGUUCUGUUACUUUUGGAGGCAUCUAGGAAAUCACUCUCUGAGAGCUAAGCCCCUGUGCAGCUGCCCCUGGGUGCUGUGCCGUAACCUCAUGUCUGUGACCCCAAAAUCACAGAAUCUGGGCUAAGUUGGUAGUUUGUAGACACCAAAGACGAUGAUUUGGUCUUUAGGAAGCUACUUUUGGUCUGGGUGAAGUCUGCUGCUUGAGAGCUAACCCAGAGAGGAAGCUCCAAUCUCUCAGCCUGUGAAUGGUGGGGAUGACAAGGCGGCCGUGUUUGGAAACAGGAAUCCAAGCUGGUCGAUCUCAUAAGGAAAACUGUUCAGAAGUGUGAUGGGAUGGGUGUGGCUGUCCCUGAAAAGGGCCUGCCAGUUGAGGGUCAGACAAGGUAAUUUAUUACAUUCAAGGACACUGUUGGCUCUUACUAAAAUAGUUUAUAGGGAAUUUUAUAUGAGCACACCAGGGAAUGUGUAGUGAGCUACAUGUACGGUCAGUGAGCUGUGAAUAGUAUUAACCUUAAAAUCUCUUGUAUGUGGGGGCAAAACAACACAGGUAGGAAGCACAGUGGACCUCUGCCUCCUCACCCUCAACUUGAAUCUGGCCUGUUUUCUCCACUGUCUCCAAAUCUCUGUACUGUCAUCAACUAUCACUGCCUCUCUCUGUUCCCGUCUACUCCACGGGACUUAAUGGGGAUAAGCAUCCACUUUUCUCAGGUGAAUGUAUACAGCUGUGGGCGUGAUGUGUUUCCUGUAAUUCACACAUUAGAUUAGAACAUAGAAAAAAAGCCGCAACAAGGACCUGCUCAUACUCCUGAGCAUUGGCAUCGAGGUUCAUGUCUCCAGGAGUCCUCGUGAGCUCCAGGUUCACACACACACACACACACUUCAGGAGGAAUCCUCAACCCUGGUGCAUAUAAUCUUAGCAGGGUCGAUCCUGAUUGGAUAGGAGACGACUCUGGGGGAAGAGAAUGUGGUUCCAGAGAUAAAGCUUCGAGGCUACACAGAAAGAAAAAAAAAGACUGUCUCAUGGAGAAAACAAACCGGGAGUGGGGACGUAGAUCAAUUAUUGAGUGCUUGUCUAGCACGCUGAAGCUCUGAGUUCAGUCUCAGCACCAUAUAAACUGUGGUGUGACUGGCAAGCGUAUGCCUGCAAUUCCAGCUCUCAAGCAGUUGAGUAAGAGGAUCAGAAGUUCAAAGUCAUCCUUGGCUAAAUGAGACCCUGCCUCAAAAACAAACACAAAAAAAUGGCAAAAGCUUCUCAUCAGCAGCGAAGACUAUUCCUGCCACCAUAUCAAAUACAAUUUCUGCUGGUGUGGAGCCCUCCACUGUCAGGAACACCUGGAAGGGAAAAGUUAAUACCAGGGAGCAACUUCCUGAACCUGCUAAUCAGGUAGCAAAGCUGGUUCACUUGGUAAAAGCCAAGCAUGGGUGUCUAUGCAAAUGGUGUGUCCACAGAAAGACUGAAUGCAUACAUCAAAAGUACCCACAACUGUCAAGGGAAAAAGGUUCAUAAUCAAUGUGAAAAAAAAACCAAUAAAUAUGAUCUUUUAAAAAUGCA